AAUUUUACUUGAGAUCGCGUUUAUGCGCCGGAUGAAUGUCGUUGCUAAUCACAGUGAUCGUAGUUUGAGCACUCCGAUGCCGGUAAGAAGAUGCCCCGCAUAGCCGACACUCUGUUUAAUCCAUCUCGCCCUUAUCUACGAUCAUCUCGCAACUACCACCAAGCAUUUGUUCAUAUCCACUGAAACCAGUAAUCAGUUUAAAAUGCCUGAUUAUACUCAAGGACACACAUAUGAAAUGAUGGCGGCUCAUCAGAUUCGUUCAACUUCUGACUCGUGCGGCUAUUUCACUCCACUACUUACGUCCCGACCAGCUGCUCACAUCCUCGACGUGGGCUGUGGUCCCGGUAGCAUUACUGCAGACCUAGCCUCUCAUGUUCCAGAAGGCCAAGUUAUUGGUGUCGACUUUGCUGAACAGGCAAUUCAGAAGGCAUCCUCGCAACCAUCGCUUCCAACUAACUGCACCUUCCAAGUGGCCAAUGUCGACGACCGUCUCCCAUUUCCGGAUAACUCGUUUGACGUUGUCCACGCUCACCAGGUCCUUAUACACCUCUCGAACCCCGUAAAUGCGUUGGCCGAGAUGCGUCGUGUCUGCCGGCCGGGAGGAUUCGUUGCCAGUCGAGAUGGCGACUGGGAUACAUUCACGAUCUUCCCCGAAUCGCCGGCGCUGAAACAAUACAGAGAAACCCAUAGCGCAAUCAUUCGCUCUUCUGGCGCUGAGCCGAAUGCUGGUCGACGUUUGCGGUAUUGGGCAGUGCAGGCAGGGUUCAGUGACGACCGGGUAACAUACUCUGCUAGCCCAGUGCUGUUCACGGGGCCUGAAAGGGUACGACACUGGUCCACAGUGCAGGCUGAACGUUAUAGCAAAGGCACCUUCAAGGAACAGAUUCUGUCAAAGGGUCUGGCUACGGAGGAUGAGAUUGCUGCUUUUGGUCCGGCGUGGUUGAAAUGGGGUGAACAGCCUGGGGCAGUUUACCAUGUCUCGUGCGGUGAGGUUGUCUGUUGGAAGGACUAGCCGAAGAUAGGCACUAGAAUCCAUAUACUGUGAUACAUAUUUCAUGGUUUUUCCUAUUCGUAGCAGACUAUCACACCGACUCAGAGUGGCUUUCAUUGAUGAGACCAGCCUCCUUGAGGGCAGGAAUCGCCCGAUCCAAAGUCCACUCAGUACACUAA